AUGUUUCUGACUGAAAAGAAACGUCAAUUGGCCCACAAAUUCUCAGAUUCAAACUGGUUGAUGCAAGUAGCAUAUCUUGCAGAUAUAUUUGCUGAGAUUAAUUCCCUGAAUAUGUCAAUGCAAGGUCGUGAUCAGACAUUAGUUGGGCUUUCUGAGAAACUGUCAUCAUUCAAAGGAAAACUGAAAUUCUGGAUGAAUAAAGUAAAGGCAGGAAAAACAGCAUCAUUUCCCUCCCUAAAUAUACUACUGGAGAACGAAAACUAUUCUCUCAGCCAAGUCCAAGACACUAUUGUGCAAUACAUGUCCAAGCUGGUCACAGAAUUUAACCAUUACAUUCCAGAAAAUGCACAUAAAUACAGUUGGAUCAGAAACCCAUUCAACAUUGAAGCUGAAGACCUACCUGAGGAAAUGUCAAACAUCAACAACCUACAGGAGCAGCUCAUUGAGAUCCAGAGUGAUGAAGCACUUCAUUAUGAUUUUAAUAGGCAACAUGAAUCACUAAGCUCAUUUUGGAUAAAAGUGUACAAAGAAAAACCGAUUCUUGGAGGUGAAGCCAUGAAAGCCCUCCUUCCAUUUGCUGCAACAUAUUUGUGUGAGGCAGGAUUUUCUGCCCUGACAGUCACAAAGACCAAGUACAGAAACCGCCUACAAUCUGAGGAUGAUCUAAGAUGCAGUCUAACAUCAAAAUCACCCACAUUUGAGGAACUGGUCAACACACUUCAGUGUCAAGGUUCUCACUGA